AGGAUGGUACGGCCCAUGUUACCAAGGUGAGUGGACCGCUUAGUGGGAGAGGCCAUCUCAGCCCAGCUCAUUGUGUUCACACAGAGUGGCAGCUUUGAACCUUUCUGGGCACGUUGGGAUUCCACACACAGGGCAGGCAAUGGCACCCAGAUAAGCCCAGGCAUGAUGACUGUGGCAGUUUGCUUUGUGUCGCCGUGUUUGUAGAUGAGCGGGGCCCGCUAGGCCCAUAGGCUGCGUGUUUGGGCCCUGUUGUCAGCAGGCUGUUGAAUCGGAGGGGCUCAGAUGCUCAGGGUGUCGAUCUCGCAGUCUCCUUCCCCGGUGGGAGACUUCCACAAUGAUGGAAGGUGAAAUUGUUUGCUGUUUCUACAGGGUAAACAUUCCUGUUCGGCUGCGUCUACCUGCCCACAAGGACACAGAAUCAGGUGAAAAAAAACAAAAAUAGAUAUGUUCUAGAGUGCGCCCCUGUGAAGUUGCUCUGCUUUCAUACACUCUUGUUCAUGAAAAGUGACAACAUGACUGUCUUAUUGCCUUUGGUUGAGGGGGAGCUCCUUUCCCAAAUCCUAGAUUACAGCAAGGCUGGAGCAUAACUCCUCCCCUUCUCUCAAAUCCCCCUUUAUAAUCCCUGCCGAGAUCUACGAGCAGCAAAAGGUGUGGUGCACUUGUAUGUACGAUGUCACAGACUCUUGUGUCGCACUGCUGUGAAAGUUAAACUUUUUUAGAGGCAAAACUGCCGGGAAAGUGACGUGAAUGUGCAUCUUACCGUCAUCUUCAGUUCACAGAAACUAUUCAUUUAUUGGGUGAGUUUUUUUUCUUCCCCUUUAUUCACUAAUUGAUGCGUCAGACCUCCUGGGGUGCAACAAAUUGAUCACCUUGAGCUCUUAUAUGCCUCACUAGCUCUGUGUUUUCAUAUACUGUACAUGAUAAUGUAUUUUUCCCAACACUUACUUUUAUGUUAAUUUCUGGCUUUGCGUCAUUAACAUAUUAGCGUGAUCACUUUAACACCGGGACAGCUAGCGACUGUUUCACAUGAAGCCAGAUCAUGGCAGGAAAGGAAAAUACCUCCCUACAUUCCUCAGUGGAAAGAAUGUGCUUCCAUCACAGCUUGGCAGUGUCAGCCCUUUGGGUCGCACUGUUUAAUGACCACAUUGAAAUUUGGACAGAAUUAUCGGCACAAUUGUAAAAUUGCUCAUGAAGAUUCUUCACAUGCCUGCAAAGGUAACUUAUUUUAUUUGUUUAUCUUGACAGCUUGCAUGUAUUUUCAAUAAAAGAGCUGCAAGCCUCAUUUUAUCCUUGUGUGGGAUAAAAGGCUUUGAUGGCGUUUGUGACUGACUAGCUCUUGAACAUCCGCUUCAGAGGUUUAUUGGGACAUAUCAGGGUUUUGUUUUUUCCACGCUCUUGUCUAUCAUGAGCUCUCAUAAAUCCACCUGCUUCAGAAUAAGAAGCGUUGGUCUGGCAAUCAUCCUGUUUUUCCCUUUGUGUCUUUCUUUGCUCGCCAUUAGCAGGUCUAAAAUGGUUGAUGUUGUGUCACCACACACCAUGCCGUCAGAAAGCGAGGUUCUUGUGGCAAGGUGCUUUCUCGCCAAGAUUUUGCAAAGCUCUAUGAGGUACAAUGAUGUAGCUAGCGCCCCGUGGUCAUGUAGCACUCAGGGCAGGAGGAUGUGUUCUCCAUUGUUCUGCUUCACUAGUUUUUGUAUGUACCUGAUUCCCUGUGUGUCAUGCUUGCCUCUCAAGUGUGCCAAACAGAUAUUUUGGUUCUUUAACAAAAGAAAAGCAUCAUGGUUUUGUUUUGUUUUGUUUUUGUUUUUUUGCAACGUGCCAACCAGGAAGAAUGACUUCAAAGGGAAGAAUGAUCCGAGCUCACGGCCUCAUUCCUGGCACUCAUCCAAGCUGACAGUGGAGGAGUCUGAGUCCCUUGGCAAAGAGACCACCACAGAACUGGUCUGGCAGCAAAGGGAAACAAGGCUCAAAGAUUCAUCGUGCCAAACAGACCAUCAUAAGCAGCAUCUGCUUACUGGCCAACUCGGCUCCAUGAGCAGCAUGGAGAAAAUGGAGCGUCCUGCUCCUCCUUUCUCAUCAGAUCAUGCUUCCCCAACUAAAUACACGAGCAUCAACGAGCCUCUCAGUGGUUCAGGGAGCAGAAGAGACACAUUCAGCAGUUUCGUCAUUGGAACCAACCCUCUGGUUCUAGACUCAAGCUCACUUGGCAGGAAGGGAACCAGUGCAGAAAGCAUUUUUUUCAAGGAUAAAGGGCCCUUUACAGUGGGGCACCCCGAGAACCAACAAACUCCUUGCAAGGAGGGGUCACGGUUGGAUGAGCGGAACUCCUCUUGGAUGCCAAGCAAAUUUAGGCCCAGCAUUGGUACAGUGUGGCAGGUACCGGAAAAGAAAAAAUCCAAGGACGGUUGUGUUUUGCCAUACUGUGAGAGAUUUGAAAAAAAUCCAAAGAUUUACUCCAGUUCAGUUGAAAGGCUGCAUGAAGGUAACAAAUUUAAACCAGGAACAAAUAUUAAAUCCAGAUAUAGCAUCACGUCACUGGCAGACAAAGACUUUUUCCAUCCCAGCAGAACAGGUGAACACAACCAACUACAGACCAACAAUCACUUCUCAUUGUCCAGCACCGAUAUCAGACAAUCUCCUUUUGCAAACAGACCUCCUCACCACAAACAGGACAGUGACGAGAGCCUCUUUUAUCCCCAGACAUGCUUAGCUCCUCGCACCAAGACUCAGAGUGUUGGAAGUUAUUAUCGCAGUUUGCAGGAUCUGCCUGGAAAGGUCUCUAGUCGUAAAUUGAUCUGGUGCUCCUCAGCCUCGAUGCCUGCCACAAGCCUAGAAAAUAACGGACAGUCUGUUUCAGUCAUCAAAAAGGGAAAACAGAUGGGCCACACAGAAAAUAAGGGGCACAUUGGUCUUCUGAAAAAUGUUCCCCUCCGUAAUCCCCAAAUCGCUGAACGCUCUCACUGUCGUGGCCCACAGGAUGCCACAAAGAGAAGUGAAGGACACAUUAACAAUAUGAAAAGAAUUUUCCCAGCUCAUCAAAAUGACAAUGACAAGGCUAGUCUUUCAAGACUCCACAACCCCUGGGUACCACAAGAAGACCACCAAAUAUCCCCAUUGGAAGCCCCAUUGCUUCAUUCACUGGCACAGGAGAGUAGAAUUCAAACAGAAGCUACACCCACAAGUAUUGUGUCAUCUCAGAAUCUCUGUGCCUCCGUAGUUGCCAAUGGUGGCGAAGCCCGUCGACGUGGUGACCGUUAUGCCACUACAUUACGGAAUGAAGUGCAGCAGAAGCGAGCCCAAUUGCAAAAAAGCUGCAGUUCUGCAACACUGACUUGUGAUGUCCAUGAUGAGGACCCUGCACAGUGGGAAUAUGCAGAGCCACCUCUAUCAUGGAGCAUAUCUUCCUCAAACACCUACAAAGACAAUCUGAAAGAGGCACAAGCUAGGGUCCUCCAGGCUACUUCUUUUCAGAGACGCGAUCUAGAACCCCUUGGAACAGAGGCACCGGUGCUUAAAACUUCAAAUGGACGCAUUAGAGGACGUAAACGUUUCCUCUUAGCCAAACGUAUGCAUUCCUUCUCAGAACCUGACAAGAUAGAUAGAGUGGGAGUGGACAAAACGCAUCCAGAUGGUAAUUUUGUCCAAAUUAAAUUCUCUGGGGCCAAGCCGGCGUUUUCCAAACCGGUUAGGCCAGGAACAACGUCCAAUACAGAGUUGCACCCAAGUCAAGAGAGGACAGUUGAAACCAAAGAAAGAAGGGUGUCAGGGGAGGCUCGGGAGAUUCAUCCAUCCGUCGAAACCAGCUGCCUCAGCCCCCUCGGGGAGGUGAUCCUGCAGGAGCAACAGAAGCUCGGAACCUUUGCUGAUUACCAAGCCACGUGGAAUAAACAGAAGCGAACAUCUGAGGCCAAGGUCCAAGGCAGGUAUUACUCGGCAGAGAACAUAUUGGAUACUGAAGCUGAGGAGAAGGCAGCAUGCUUCCAUGAAAGAACCAGAUCUUCUCCCUCUGCAGAUUUUUGUACUCAGAAUCGUCCAUCCAUGUUGAGAGAUCCUAAAGUGAAGCAAAGCAACAGUGGAGCAAGAAAUGGGGCCCCAGUCCCAGACAUCAGUGACCACCAACCCAGCCAAUAUGCUGUCAUCCCAACCUUUGCGGUCUGCUCUAAACCUGGUAGCCUGAAUUCUAUUCUUGGAUCCCAGCAGACUGCCCAGCCUCCGCAAGCCAAUGCCAUCUCACCUUCUAGGCUCCAUUUAGACUUGGAAACAACUUGCUUGUCGCAGGAUUUACUCUCAGUGGUCCGAGCAGACUCCGUGAAGCUUCAGUCCCUGUCCAGUUUGGAUACCACUACAAAGAGUCCCGCCCCUCCUGGCUCUCCUCGGCGAUGUAAGAUGUCUCAAUCUGAAGGCAACACAGAAGAUGCAGAGAGCAAUAAGGAGCCAUACUUAUCUUCCGCCUAUUUGUCCCUUGCUGCGGCCAACCAUCUUCACGCUCCCUCACCACAUUUUCCACUUUUGAGGCUGAUGGACAAACAGCCGUUUAUGUCUGUGCAGGAGGAUUCACAUUUCUGGUCUGAAAAUGACUCUCAGCCCUCCGAAGCUGUAGUGGACUUGAAAGGUUCAGGGGGAAAAAUUCUUGGGGUGGUCCCAACUUUCUCACCUCAAAGCAACAACACCUCUGGUGUCUUGAAGACUUGCUCAGACAUCAUCCCAGUGGAUGCCAAAGAAACAUGGCCCUCCUCAACAUUCAGUGUCUGCAUUCAGCAGCCUACUCAGGACCUGGGAAAUGAAUCAGAACGGCUCGUACCCAAGGACCGCAUUCCGAAGUCAAAACUAGCAAGGGAAGAAGAUGCCAAGACAGAGCAGCUGGUAAGGGAUAUCAUGGGGAAAGACAAAUCCCUGGUGGAGAUCUUAGAUCAGACUGGAAUGAAGACCACAAUGGACCUUAUGGAAGGACUAUUUCUCCAAGAGAAACAAGUCCUGGAGGGGUCUCAGCAGCGCAGAAGGACCUCAUGCGGCCCCAGGCUGCCCACCACAAGCAGGAGGGAUGAGGAGAAUGUCUCAACAGCAGUUUCGCUGGUUCCCACUUCCUGCUACUACAACACGUCGGCUCCAAAAGCUGAGCUCCUCAUCAAGAUGAAAGACAUGCAGGAGCAAUUGCUGGAACAGGACUCUGAAGAAGAGCUGGAUGAAAACCUAGCCAGUAAAAAGCAGGAGCUGAUAUCAAGCCUUGCCCAGAAGUUGGAGGUGCUGCGGGAGGCACGACAAAGCCUGCAGGAGGACGUAGAGGACAACGAGGCUUUGGGCAGCGAGGUGGAGACCACUGUGAAGCGCUAUUGCUUGCCCAACCAACUGGACAAGUUCCGUAUGUUUGUGGGUGACCUGGACAAAGUCGUGAGCCUGCUGCUGUCACUUUCGGGUCGGCUGGCGCGUGUGGAGAACGCUCUGAACAGUCUGGAAGAUGGAGCGCCCCCGGAGGAGAAGUGCACCCUGACUGAGAAGCGCAAACUGCUGAUGCGGCAGCACGAGGAUGCCAAGGAGCUGAAGGAGAACUUGGACCGCCGGGAGCGUCUGGUGUCCUCCAUCAUGGAGACUCACUUGGACCCUGAGCGUCUGGAUGACUAUCGCCAUUUUGUCAAGAUGAAGUCUGCUCUCAUCAUUGAACAGCGCAAACUGGAGGACAAGAUCAAGCUAGGUGAAGAGCAGCUCAAGUGCCUACUGGACAGUCUGCCGCUGGAGCAGAGGUCACAAUUUUAAAACCCAGGAAGAGGCUGUCCACCAGCUUCUGAACUGGUUACACUCUUCUGUUUAUUCUGUCACUGGCCAUAUAUCCCAUGGUUUUCUUUUGAGAUGAUGUGUCAUACUUGAAUGCACGUAUUGUAUGUGACAGGCGCCACAGUGGACGACUGGUUAAAACGUCGGCCCCAUGGUGCAGAGGUCCAGGGUUCGAUUCUGGCUCCGGCCUUCCUGUGUGGAGUUUUCAUGUUCUCCCCGUGCCUGUGUGGGUUUCCUCCGGGUACUCCGGUUUGCGCCCACAUUCCAAAAACAUAUAUAGCCGGUUAAUGGAACAAUCUAAAUUGUCCCUAGGUAUGGUUGUGAGCGCGGAUGGUUGCUUGUCUAUGUGUGCCCUGCGGUUGGCUGGCAACCAAUUCAAGGGGUAUCCCGCCGACUGCCCGAAGACAACUGGGACAGGCUCCCGCACACCCGUGGCCCUUGUGAGGAUAAACUGAUUAGAAAAUGGAUGCAUGUAUGUGACAGCACUGAACAAUACAGAAUCAAUGCACUUUUAGAAUCCUGUGACUUUAAUGCCCUUUUGUUAAUUUAAAUGUCGUUUGACAAUCAUCAAUCAAGAUGAAAUGCUGUGUGGAAUACACUGAAAACUGACAUCUUCCCCAAAAUCAGACUUCGACCAAUGUAAAAUUCACAGACACAAAAAAAGGGUAUAUUCUCAAAGUGAGCAAGUCAGUCCUGACAUCUUUACCUAAAAGUUACAGAAUCACUGGCUGCAUUUACAUUUUGUACAUUGAUGUCAUUUUACUUAUUGCUUAAAGACUUGAGGGAGACACUGUGACAAAAAAUCAAAAACAUUUUGGAUUCUUUGUUGAUUUUGUAAUCAUUGAAGAUGCGUGAUGUUGGUUUGUUUGCUACUCAGUAAGACUUGAGACAGGGCGGCCCGGUAGACCAGUGGUUAGCACAUCGGCUUCACAGUGCAGAGGUACCGGGUUCGAUUCCAGCUCCAGCCUCCCUGUGUGGAGUUUGCAUGUUCUCCCCGAGCCUGCGUGGGUUUUCUCCAGGUGCUCCAGUUUCCUCCCACAUUCCAAAAAACAUGCAUGGCAGGCUGAUGGAAGAUGGAAGACUUGAGACAUCUGGUUGCAGUUUGUAAUGACAAGUAGGUGUUCACUGCAGUGUAGCACUAAUUUAAAAGGCUCCAACAGGAGCUUUCUGGUCUAGUCCUUUUGCCAGAACCUGUGUUUAAUAUCUGUCCACUGGCACUGCGCAGCCACAUCUCAUCUGCACCCUUUCACCAGGGCAAUGGCAAUAAAAGGAUCAGGUGAUCAUUUCUUUUCAUUUCCCGUUGUCCAACUAGUCCACUUUCAAAGAUGUGUAUCAUGGCAAAGACAACACUGAAAGACUGCUAACAAUCUGCUUCUUGAUGACGAGAGCACUCUUCUUGUCAGCUUCUGGUAUGUCAGUCUUGCUUGAGCUUAGCAUUGGCCAAUCACACCAUCGUGUCUGCCCCUGGAUUCAAGAUGCGCCAUGCCCCUGAGUCUCAGCAUGGGGGGGGGGCGUUGCAUCGCAGUGGAAAUGGGGAGCCCACUCCGAAUGGUAUUAUACAAUACUUAUUGCUUUUCUUAGUUUUUUGUUUGCUUUUAGAUUUUUAAGGUUGUAGCACUUCAAGAUCAUGCUGAUUAAAAGUGCAUUAGAAAUGAAAUCUACUGUUCAUCCCUAUUGUUAAUAUUAAUUAAUUUUGUAUUAUUAUUAGCGGAGAAUACUGGGAAAGUGCAAUAAGAGAUGAAGGUGGAAAAAAAUUGUCCUGAAACUUUUAUGUCACACCAACCAUUAGCACAACAUUUAGCAGUAAAAAAUUAAAAUAAACAGGAUUAAGGUUUUUCCUUUCAUAAAUAUUUUAUUUGAAGAAAAAUCAUCACAAUGUCAAACCAUCUGUAUCAAGGUUCCUCUGGUCAACAAAUAGCAGUGUUUCAACUCCAAUGUAAGCUUUGCAAGUUUUGUUGCACACAGCUCUGACGGACUGACAUUCCACCAGAUCAUCAUCUUGGACACUGCAGUUGGAGAAGCGGUUGAAUGUGACGUUCACCUGUUAAUCCCUGAGUGUAAAAACAUGAAUUUCCUGCAGAAACGUCAAACAGCUGAAUGUAGAAUUCUCGCUACAACGAGUGACGCUCCGAGCACAGCAGCACAUGCCAACCCAGGGCGUCCAAACGGGUGCAGCAAGCAAUUUAUUUACAUGAUGAAAUCUUCCAAUAAGAGCAGGAGACCACACAGAAGAUAAACAUGGUUUUAUCAACACUAAAACUAACAGUAACAUGUACAAGCACAUAUACCAUUAUCAUAAAAAAAUAGUAUUGCAAUCAUUUCAAUACCAAUACCAAAAAAAAUAAAAAAUACAUUUCAUGGGAAACAGUGGCAAAUGUGGACAGCGGUCUCUUUGACAAACUUUUACAUCACUUUUCUCAAA